AUGGAGGGAAGAGAAAUCAAAGCGAAAGAUGUCAUCGAAGGAAGAGAAAUUGCCAGGGGAGCGUUUGGAUCCAUUUACAGUGGCACAAUGCAUGGGCUGCCGGUGGCCGUGAAGCACAUAUGCAAGGUAAGUUUUUUCAGGCAGAUAUUUCAUUCCAUUCGGCUUGAGUUGGCUGUGACACGAGUUCUAAACCAUCCCAAUAUUGUUGAAUUCAAGGGAAUGAUAACGAAUUUCCCUGAUGCUAAGGGAAGUAAUGAUGAUUUUCAACUAGCGUUUGUGUUUGAGCUAUGCUCCAAUGGGAGUUUGUUCGACUUGAUUCAUCGUAAGACAGUGAAUCUUCCUUUGCUUAAGAAAUUCAGCAUUGCACGAGAAAUAGCUUCGGGAGUAGGUUAUCUGCAUGACCUGAGUAUUGUGCACAGAGAUUUGAGCACAAACAAUGUGCUGCUUACCUCUGACAUGCAAGUGAAGAUAACUGACUUUGGAUGUUCUCGACAAAUAUUUGGUGAAGUUUAUCAAUCCACUACGAUAUCUGGUAGUCCAGCUUACAUGGCUCCCGAACAGCUGCAGGGGCAGGAUUUGACCCUCAAGGUUGAUGUGUGGGCCAUGGGUGUAAUCAUGUGGGAGCUCGUCAAUGAGGUGAUACCAUGG